AUGGCCGACACAAGCUCAGCGUCUGCUGCUAGUCCCGAUCAAUUAUGUGCAAAGCAAGCAGCGGCCUCUGCCUCUGCCUCUGCAUCCACGACAGGGCCGUCUUCAGCCUCGGCCACUGGCAGUGCACGUGGUCUUACAGUCGCCAUUGAGAAACCGUUCCAUCGUCUUAACGACCGAGCAUGGGUCCAUGACCGUCCAGAAGAAGACACAUACAAGCUCCUCAUCGAUACCUACAGACUCCGAAUGGAUGAUGACUUCAAGUUUGAGGGCAAACGAAAUGCGGGCAGCUUGUACGCGAAUGCAUCGAACGGUAUUGAAGCCUUCCGCCAGUUCCUCCGGCUCGCAGAGAGCAGAGACGGCUUGCUACCACCAUAG